GGAGGGGGAAGAGGAAAUAGGGGAGGAUUGAUGGGAAGGAGGGUAAUACGGAACCGUAGUUGUGUCCGCUUAUAUCCAUCAGGGCUAAAGUUAUUUUAAGUACUAGGUUCUAAAAAGGACUUUUCUAAUCUGAAGCAUCCUUCCAGGCCGUGAGCCGCUGAAGGGCACACGGGGCUGCUGCGGUGCGCUAAACAACGUUCGCUUCUUGGUGUUCGCGAGAGCUUGAGUCCGUCUCUUCCGGGACUCUAGUUUCCGACCGGUCUCUUCAGGCGGCAGGACGCAGCGGCUAUUCUUUCGCAGGACACGGAGCCGGAGCCGGAGCCGGUGCCGGAGCCGGUACUUUUCCCCGGUAGCACCAGCGGAGGAGAGCGGAAGAAGCCCUAGAGAUCCGGGGCUCGGAAGAGAGAGAGGUUGCAGAGGCAGUUCCCGUGAGUCAGUGCGGCUGCCGACCAUGAAGCCGGCCCAGCAGCGGCUCUCUCAGGCGAUACAUGGUCAUGGAACCUAUGACUCUGAUUUUAGUGAUGAUGAGCACAGUGAAGAACCUAAAAAGAGAAAAAGGGCAAUUAAUGAAGAUGACUCAUUGCUUAAAAAGCCAUUUCAGAAAGAAAAAUAUAUAAAAGUGGCUCAUAGACAUGUUGCAGCAGAGGAACUGGAUCGGGAAGAAGCAAGAAAUAGAAGGUUUCAUCUAAUAGCUAUGAAUGCUUAUGAAAGACAUAAGAAGUUGGUGAAUGAUUAUAUUUUAUAUUAUGGUGGUAAAAAAGAAGAUUUUAGACGUUCAGGGGAAAAUGAUAAGACAGACUUGGAUGUUAUAAGAGAAAAUCAUAGGUUCCUGUGGAAUGAAGAAGAUGAAAUGGAUAUGACUUGGGAGAAGAAGCUUGCAAAGAAGUACUAUGAUAAAUUAUUUAAAGAAUACUGCAUAGCAGAUCUCAGUAGAUACAAAGAUAACCAGUUUGGAUUUCGAUGGCGAGUAGAAAGAGAAGUAAUUUCAGGAAAAGGUCAGUUUUUCUGUGGAAAUAAGCGAUGUGAUGAAAAAGAAGGAUUAAAGAGUUGGGAAGUGAAUUUUGGCUACAUUGAACAUGGUGAAAAGAGAAAUGCACUUGUGAAACUAAGACUAUGCCAAGAAUGUUCUUUCCGACUAAAUUUUCACCACAGGAGAAAAGAAGUCAAACCCAAAAAGUUAACGAAUAGAACUGAAGAAGAUUCUGAAGAAUCGUCACAUAAAAAAUCCAAAUUAUCUUCUUCAAAAAUGCAAUCUUUCAAGAAAAAGAAGGGAAAAGAACAAUCACUGUCAGAGAAAUCAGAAGGAUCAGAUAAUGAAAACUGUGAUGAGGAAGAAAGUACUUCAGAAGUAGACCUAUGGAAGGGUCCUCUGCAGGAAACAGAUGAAAAAUCACAGGAAGAAGAGUUUGAUGAAUAUUUUCAAGAUUUAUUUCUGUGAAAUAUUAAGGAAAUAUUAAGCCUUCAUUCCUUAAUUUGAAAUUUUUCUUUGUAUCUUUUUUUAAUUAGUUUUUUUAUGUUUUCUCUAAUAAGUUGAAACUUGAAUAGUUUCUCUUUAGAAAUAACCAGUCAUCCAGCUACAUCUGAUAGUAAUGGGCUUUAUAAGAUAUAUGAACUUUAUUACUGAAUGUGGUUCAGCCAAACCUGUAGAACCAAUUACUUCUGUAGAGCCUUAAAUCACUUGGCUCCACAAGUCAGUUUCAUCUUUAGACAGAUAUUUUCAAGAAAGAUGAGAUGUGGUUAUUUUAUCCUCACUCACAAAGAAAUACUAUUCACCUGUUAGGAAAAAAAUUUCUUGCAUUACUUUCUCCCGAAGAUUUCUUCCUCAAGUCCAGCUCAUAUUUGACCAUAGAAGACAAUUUUAUAGCUACUUCCCAAAGAUAAUAUGAAAACCACUUGAAAGAAAUCUUAUAGUUAGGAUUGGAAGUUUGAUGGAGAGAACCACAAGAAGUAUACUGAUCUCCUUGCCCUUGUCCUUUUUCAUAUACCCCUAAAUGGAAUUUGUUUUGCUAGGGAACAGAGGAGCCAGACUGGUUCUGAACACUGCAAAACCUCUACUUGAGAUGAGGGAAGAGAAGCGGGAGGUAGGAGUUGGGAAGGGAUAUUGACAAGGUAGGCCUUCUUCCCUCCUACUGUUAAAUUUAAAGAGAAUUAACUCUAAAAAAUCAAUUUGAUUCUGUGUUUUAUUCUUUACUGUUAGCAGGCCCUUUGUUUAAGUUACUACUUGGAAGUUAGGCACUUUCUGAAGUAUGUUAUAAGUAAAGUCCUUCUAUAGAGAAUAUCAUUACAGUGAGGUAUGGCCCACUGGCUGGAGAGCUGAUUUCCGAAAAACAUUCAUGUCUUGCUGCUGACCUUUGCUUUAUGAUCCCAGGCAAGUCAUCCAAGUUCUCAAUGUCCCUAGACAAAACUCUGAGACUCUCAUCUUGUAGAGCUGAUGUCAAUCUGCAUCAGUAGAAGGUUUCCCUGGGCAAAUGAAAGCACAGGUCCAGUCCAUCACCUUAAUAGAAGGCUCUAUAUUAUGAAACUGGUGGGAAUGGCUGUAGUAAGUGUUUUUGCUGUUUUGGUUAAUUGCCUACAAAAAUAUCCUACUACAAAAAUGCUUUCUAUGAUUUCUCUCCAUGAAAUAGUGACUUUCUAUAAAAGUUGUUGGUUUUAUUUUGUUUAUGGGGAAGAAAAAAAAGAGAAGUAAGCAGUUAUUCCCAGUCCCUCUUU